AUGGGUGUCAACAUCACAUACACUUGUAAGAGCGCAUUUGACUGUGCAAAACUAUUUUAUCAGUUAACUAUACAAACAUUAAUUCAGAAUGAGCCAAUACUAAACGAAAUACGCGCCGAACUAUACGAUCCAACGAAACCUGAUAUUCAACAGUGUUCUGAUAAUCAGGAUCAGCCCAUAACAUGUCAAAAUGGCUAUGGAUGUCAUGGAUUUGAAAUAAUAGAGAAUGGCACGAUCGACUAUGAAGGAGAGUGUAGAAAUGCUAGUACGAUGACGAUAUUCCCUCGUCUAUAUUUCCGUAUUACACUUGCACAAGGUGAUCCACCCCUUUCAUCUGACUGGAACCAUCUUGGUUUUACUUGCAAUAAACAAAAUUUGUGUAAUACCCGACAACAAAUCGAGAAAACGGUGAAAUUAGCAAAUGAUUUCUAUCCAUGGGAACUGAUCGAAAAGAACUCCACAACAACAACGAUGACAACAACAACAACAACAAUAAUAACAACAACAACAGCAACAGCAAUAACAACAGCAACAACAGCAACAGCAAUAACAACAGCAACAAGGACAACGGCAGGGGCAAUAACAACAACAAUAAAUAACGCAGGAUCUCGAGAUCAACAAACUAUACUUUCCACGAUUCAUGGAAUCCUUUUCUUAUAUUGUAUUGUUAUUGUAUUUCGAAACUUUUCAUAA